AUAGGUUUCCUGUGCUCCGAUUGGCUAACUACUUUGUGAUUCUGAACAUCGCUCCAACCGGUAAAGCGAUCAUGCUAGGCCUGCAGGCUUGUACAUUUCAAGACCGGCAGGAAGGUCGAAAGUAGAGCGAGAGGUUAGACAUUUGUUUGAGCAGGUUUAUGACUGGUUUGCUUGACUAGACAAGACACUCACCUCGGAGAGCUAUCUCGGGGGGAGUAACGCGAGUAUUGUGUCGUGUCGGGCCCUAAACACUUUAGUUUGUUUUUAAGCCGCGGUUAAGGAGCAGUGAUCAUGGCGUUGGUAGGACUGAGAGCCUCCUAUCACAGGGUUCUGGGCCAGAUCGAGCAUUUUCUGCCUGCCAAACUGAGACCUAUUUACAACCACCCUGCAGGUCCCAAGACGGUUUUCUUCUGGGCACCAAUGUUUAAAUGGAGCCUGGUGAUAGCUGGUUUAGCAGACAUGACCAGACCAGCUGAAAAACUCAGCGCAUCGCAGUCUGCAGUGCUGACAGCUACAGGUCUUAUCUGGUCCAGGUAUUCACUGGUUAUUAUACCAAAGAACUGGAAUCUGUUUGCUGUCAACUUCUUUGUUGGAUGUGCAGGUGGAUCUCAGCUCUUCAGAAUAUGGAAGUUCAACCAAGAAAAGAAAGCAAAGAAGACUGCAGAGGCUUAAUACUGCUAACACAUAAGUGCCAUAUGAUGGACUGAAAAGGAAUCCAGGCUAAGUUAUUCCUCAGAAAACUAUGGCCACCUUUUUUAGUGUGUUACAUUUUAAUCAUUUAGUGUAAUCCAUUGUUAUUUAGUAAACUCUAAAUGCUCUCAUGAAACAAAUGUCAUUGACGCACAAUAUAUACAAUAUUAAUACAGAUAAGCAGUUUUCUAUAUAGUAGUAAGUUCUAUAAGGGAAAGAGUUGCUGUUCCUAAUACUUUAGAAAUUCAAUCUUGGUACUUCCUCUAGACUAUUUAUUAAUUAAUACAAUGCAAGGAAUAGGUCAAAAUAAAUUGGAAUUCUUGGGGAAAGUUUGUAUAGCAGUUGUACACAUUAAAAAUGUUUGUUUUAAUUUGUAAGUCAUAUAAGAAAUAAAUUUGUUAGUACUGAUGCAUUUCAUCAUCCACAAUGAGUAGAAUUGUCAAACUGAGUUCAAUUUUGAGUUAGAAAUAAAACCACAUUAAAGUCAACAUAUUCCUAAAGCACAGUGUACUUCUUUUAUAGUUGCUUUUAUAGCUUAUUCUGAAGCAGUAUUACUAGUGAAACAUUUUUAAAGAUACCACUAUAAAAAUCGAAUAAAGGAAUUUUUUCCUUCAACUUGUAAAAAGAAAUACUGAAAAGCAAAUGUAUACAACAAUUUUGCAUUUUGAAUGUCAUUUACGUUAAUUCCUGUGUUCCUGUUUUGAAGCAGUAUAAUCAGCUCCAUAUUCUUCAUCCAUCAAACCAUAGAGAAGGUGUAUAACACAUGUUUAGAUUCAAAAUAAGUUGGCUGAAAAGACAUUUUGAUCCUGAAGUAUUUAAAAUCAGGAUGUCUAAGAGCAGUAGCGUUGUCUGAUAAAUAAAUAAAUAAUUUAGAAGUAUUUAUAUGAACUAAACAACACUUUCAUGUAAAAUACCUUUCUUAUCCAUCAAUUAGGGGAACCCCAAAGAGUUUAACACAAAAGAUAGAUACAAAUGGAUACUGAGCUGGUUUUGGGGGAAAAGGUGUUCCAUUUCAGAAACCAAGCUGAGUAAGUCUAGGUUUAGUUACUAUGGGCAACUUAUGCUGUGAAGCUAACCUGCUUGUAUUGAGCCUAAGAAAUUGGCACUCGACAGAUGUCAGAACGGUCAUGCCUUUUUCCUAAAUAAUUCAGUAGAUAUCACUAGCAUCUACUCACAGUUCUACAUUGAUUCGAGGUGGUAAGCUAUUGUUUGUGGUAAGCAACUGAUAACUGCUUUUCUCCCAUGUAUGUAUAGAACAAAUGUGUAACAGUGAAAGCCAUCCCUUGAUCAAAUUGUAGAUUAGAGCAGAGCAAAACACAAGCUUAAUCACACCAAUUUGUAAAUUAUCUAAUUACUGUCAAAUGAUCUGUGACGCACACGUUCUGUUGCAACUGUAGAGCUGGACAGAGUUGUAAUGUUUAAUCUCGAACUCUAAAUUGGAAAUGUAAACAAUUGAAGCAAUAAUAAUAAUAAUAGUAAUAGUGUCAAAUGCUGUGACAGUUUUCCAUAGAUACAGUCUACAAUACUCGUUAUGUAACUUUUUUUUUUAUUUGCUUCUUGAAAUGGACUUUUUGAACUUAAACGAAGUGACAAUCAAUGACAUGCUUAAGCACAAAAGUAGUGACAGCAAGAUGAAGCUUCAUGAAUCAUUACAGCUAACUGUUUAAAAAAAAAAGUUUUUUUUUAUUUAUUUAUUUAUUUUUUUUAAGCUUCAAGUGUCCAAUACAGGCCUCUAGUGGUCAAAAAGAGUCCUGUAUCAUGCAUAACUUUUUAGAUUGUAAAUUUCAAUUUACUUUAGAUCUCAAUCUGCCUAAUUUUUUAUUUGUAACAAUGCCUGUAGUUGACCUUUCUGUAAUAUCAACUAUGCAAAACUAAUUCCAAGCUUUAAUUAUGUCAUAUUGAUUAUUGUAAUGCUUUCUUUUUUGGGCUACCAGAUUAAACCUUCAAGUUUCAACAAA